AUGUCCAGGUAUUUUCAGACAGCGGACGAUAAAUUGGGGGGCAAGGAGAUUGUGCGCGACGUGGAAGCGCCCGUGUUGGACACGGUGCCCACGUUCAAGGCUGCAAGUUCAGAAGAUGGUCAGAUUGUGACCGAGCAAGAGCGACAAAAUUUGCGCCGGGGGCUGUCACAACGCCAUGUGCAAAUGAUUGCGAUCGCUGGUGCUAUUGGCACGGGAUUGUUCCUCGGCCUCGGUGGUUCGAUCGCAACUGGCGGUCCCCUCGGAGCGCUUCUCGGAUAUAUGUUCGUUGGAGUGAUUGUCUGCUCGAUUCAAUUUGCCUUGGGAGAGGUCACGGCGUUGCUCCCAGUGACGGGUUCGUUCGUUCGCCAUGCAGAGGUGCUGGUUGAUCCUGCUCUUUCCUUUGCAAUCGGCUGGAACAUCGUGUAUGGAUGCUUUUUGAGCGUGCCAAGUGAAAUCUCCGCCGCCGUCGUGUUGAUCCAGUACUGGACGGACAUCAAUGCCGCCGUGUGGGUGACCAUUCUGAUUGUGGUCUCUGUGGUCGUCGCCAUUUCGUUUAUUCGUGUGUAUGGUGAGGUGGAGUUUGUCUUUGCUCUUCUCAAAAUCCUGCUGGUCAUCUUCGUCGUGAUUCUGGGUCUUGUGAUCAGCUUGGGCGGCGUCCCAGGACAUCCUCGGUCAGGAUUCCACUACUGGAAAACCCCCGGCCCAUUUGUCGAAUACAUUGCGACCGGUAACUGGGGACAGUUCCUCGGAUUCUGGGCCGUCAUGACCAACGCCGUCUACUCCUUUGCGGGUGUCGAAUCCAUCGCCAUGGCCGCUGCGGAAACGGUGAAUCCGCGUCAAAACAUCCCAAAGGCGUGUAAGCGUGUCUUCGCCCGUGUCACCAUCUUUUACCUGGCCACCGUACUGGUCGUGGGCAUGUUGGUUUCGAGCGACGAUCCCGCCUUGGGUGAAAGUUCGGGCACCGCAGCGCAGAGUCCAUUCGUGAUUGCCGCUAGCAGCGCUGGUAUUAAAGUGAUCCCUUCCGUGGUCAACGCAAUCUGUUUGACAUCUGCAUGGUCCGCAUCGAACCAGAGCAUUCUUGCAGGAACAAGAACGCUAUAUGGUCUCGCGAUCAAGGGUCAUGCCCCCAAAAUUUUCCUUCGGACCAAUGCGUGGGGAGUUCCCUACAUGUGUGUGCUGCUACAGGUGGCUUUCUCCUUCCUGGCUUACAUGUGCGUUUCAAAUAGCGCAUUGACUGUCUUCUGGUGGUUUGUCGAUCUUACUGCCGCGGGUACACUAGUCUCAUGGAUUUGCAUCUCCUUGAAUCAUAUCCGCUUGUUACAGGCCUUGAAAAAGCAGAAUAUCUCACCUGAUGCCCUGCCGUGGCACAACCGCAUCACAAGGUACACCAGUUGGUUCGCCUUGAUCUCGUGUACGAUCAUCCUUCUCACGGGUGGCUUUACCGUCUUUACAAAGGGCAACUGGGACACAGCUUCCUUCGUGUCUAGCUACUUGGACAUUCCUCUCGUACUCUGCGCAUACGGAGGCUACAAGCUGAUCCGGCGAACCAAAAUCGUUCCUCUCGACAUGGUUCCCCUUGAACAAGCGCUUUAUGAAGCCGAAAACGAUCCAGAGAAUGUGCCUCUCAAGAAGGACAGUCUCUUUUCCAAGUUCAACAUUCUGUGGGGAUAA